AUCGAACAAGCAAGAUGUCCGCUUCCAUUGAUUUGAGGUGCAUAUAAUUUGAGGUUUUGUUUUAAAAUUAUGAUAUGUUAGGGGCAAUAUAUUCAAGAUAUUUACAUAACAGAGAAUCUACAGAUUCUAAUCCACCUAUUGGACUUAUUCAGAGUCUUUAUUUGGAAUUCUGACUUUGAUUUACGACGACUUUUGGCCGUGUUACAACAAAGAAUCGUCAAAACCGGCGUCGAAGGCUAACAGGUUUCAAGCAGGCGAACCUUAGGACUAGUCAAAGCAUCUGUUUCAACUGAAAGGGUCGUUUUUACAGACAAAUUAUAGCAAACAGUUGUUGAUAUUUUACUAAGCAUAAUGACGUCGAAUUCAGAAUCGGAAAAAGGUUUAAAGUGGGUGACUAUAUUUGAUAAUGAUGAUGAUGAUGCUACAGCUGAGGGAGCUCAACCAAAGCCCCAGAAAAAGGGUAACAAAAGGUUGUCAGUAGAAAGGAUCUACCAGAAGAAGACACAGCUUGAGCAUAUACUUCUUCGUCCUGAUUCAUACAUUGGAUCCACUGAACCUGUUAAACAGCAAAUGUGGGUUCAUGAUGGAGAAGAAGGCAUGGUCAACAGAGAGGUUACUUUUGUACCAGGGUUGUAUAAGAUAUUUGAUGAAAUCCUUGUAAAUGCUGCUGAUAAUAAGCAGAGAGAUCCUACUAUGGACUGUAUCAAGAUCACAAUUGAUCCGGAAAAUAAUUCCAUUAGUGUAUGGAACAAUGGCAAAGGUAUUCCUAUUGUAGAGCACCAAACUGAGAAAGUCUUUGUACCUGAGUUGAUUUUUGGCCACCUCCUCACAUCCAGUAACUACAAUGAUGAUGAGCGUAAAGUAACAGGUGGUCGUAACGGUUAUGGUGCCAAGCUGUGCAACAUUUUCAGCCAGAAGUUUAAAGUAGUAACAGCAUGUAAAGAGUACAAGAAAAAGUUCUCACAAACAUGGACAAAUAACAUGGGAAAGGCCGGCGAACAUAAGAUUGUACCUUUUGAUGGCAAAGAUUUCACAGAAGUCACCUUCCGACCAGACCUGCCUCGAUUCCACAUGGAAUCUCUGGAUCCGGACACAGUGGCAUUGUUAACAAGGAGAGCCUACGAUAUCGCUGGCGCCACUAAGGGAGUCAAAGUGUAUUUGAAUGGAAAGAGGCUUCCACUUAAUGGUUUCAAGUCGUAUGUUGAUAUGUACGUUGGCAAGAGAUUUGAUGACGAUGGAAACCCGUUGAAGGUGGUGCAUGAAGUAGUAAACCCAAGAUGGGAAGUCUGCAUCUGUAUGAGUGAGAAGGGUUUCCAGCAAGUCAGCUUCGUGAACAGCAUAGCAACGACCAAAGGUGGCCGGCAUACUGAUUACGUCACAGACCAAAUUGUCACAAAAUUAAUUCAAGCAGUUAAGAAGAAGAACAAAAGUGGCAUUAAUGUCAAACCAUUUCAGAUCAAGAAUCAUUUGUGGGUGUUUGUAAACUGUCUUAUAGAGAACCCAGCUUUUGAUUCUCAAACCAAGGAGAAUAUGACGCUACAGACAAAGAAGUUUGGAUCCACGUGUGCACUCAGUGAAAAGUUCUUUAAGCAGGCCAUGAACUGCGGUGUUGUGGAGAGUGUUAUGUCAUGGAUGAGGUUCAAAGCUCAGAGUCAACUUGACAAGAAAUGCACGUCAAAGAAGCACACUAAACUGAAGGGUAUUCCCAAACUCGAUGAUGCUAAUGACGCUGGAGGAAGGCAUUCCCUCGAUUGUACACUCAUCCUCACUGAGGGAGACUCGGCCAAGUCGUUGGCCGUUAGUGGUCUGGGGGUUGUAGGACGAGAUCGCUAUGGUGUAUUCCCUCUCAGGGGUAAAGUCCUAAACGUUCGUGAGGCCUCUCAUAAACAGAUUAUGGAGAAUGCUGAGAUUAACAACAUUAUCAAGAUCCUUGGUCUGCAAUACAAGAACAAAUACACAGAGGAGGACACACUCAAGUCCCUACGUUACGGCAAAGUGAUGAUAAUGACAGAUCAGGAUCAGGAUGGCUCUCAUAUUAAAGGACUCUUAAUUAACUUCAUACAAACAAACUGGCCUCAUUUGCUGCGUUACCGCUUUGUAGAGGAGUUCAUUACUCCAAUUGUAAAGGCUACCAAGGCUAAUGAUAAGAAAUCCUUCUUCUCGUUGCCCGAGUUUGAACAGUGGAAAUCCGAAACUGAAAACUGGAAAACCUACAAGAUAAAAUACUACAAAGGUUUGGGUACCAGCACAAUGAAAGAGGCGAAAGAGUACUUCUCAGACAUGGUGAACCAUCGCAUCCCGUUCAGAUACGCUGGUCCAGAAGACGAUGCUGCGAUUGAGCUGGCAUUCAGUAAGAAAAAAAUUGAUGAAAGAAAAGAAUGGCUGACAGAAUGGCUACAUGAACGAAGGAGAAGGAGAGAGGAUGGACUUCCUGAUCUGUAUCUGUACAACAAGGACACAAGGUUCAUCACUUAUAAUGACUUCAUCAACAAGGAACUUGUGCUCUUCUCCAAUGCUGAUAAUGAACGUUCCAUCCCAAGCAUGGUAGAUGGUCUUAAGCCCGGUCAGAGAAAAGUUCUGUUUGCAACAAUGAAAAAGUAUGAAAAGAGGGAAGUAAAAGUGGCUCAGAUGGCUGGUUCCGUCGCUGAAAUUUCGGCCUACCAUCAUGGUGAGAUGUCCCUGAUGAGUACCAUUAUCAACAUGGCACAGAAUCACGUUGGUAGCAACAACUUGAACCUACUGCUUCCAAUUGGACAGUUUGGUACCAGGCUACAUGGGGGUAAGGAUGCUGCCAGCCCCAGGUAUAUCUUCACCCAGCUCAGCCCUCUAGCAAGACAUGUUUUCAACGUUAAUGAUGAUGCACUACUGAAGAGUCAAUUUGAUGACAACCUAAAGAUCGAACCUGAAUGGUACUGCCCGAUCAUCCCAAUGGUGUUAGUAAAUGGCAGUGAAGGGAUUGGCACAGGUUGGAGCACAAAGAUUCCGAAUUUUGACAUCAGAGAGAUCAUUGCUAACUUGAAGAGGUUGAUUGAUGGUGAAGAACCUCUACCAAUGUUACCUUCAUAUAAGGGAUUUGUUGGCACUAUCGAAGAGCUGGAAACAAACAGAUACGUUGUGAGUGGAGAAGUCUCAAUAAUUGACAAUAACACCAUAGAGAUUACUGAACUACCAAUUAGAAGUUGGACACAGAACUACAAGGAAAACGUACUUGAGCCUAUGCUCUAUGGGACUGAUAAACAGCCGGCAGUAAUUCAGGAUUACAAGGAAUAUCAUACAGAUACCACUGUAAGGUUUCUUAUCAAGCUUUCGGAGGCAAAGCUGGCUGAAAUGGAGCACAUAGGACUACACAAGGCAUUCAAGAUACAAAGUACAAUAAUGACACAGAAUAUGGUCCUUUUUGAUGAGUUUGGCUGCAUCAAGCGAUUUGACAGCGUGUUGGAUAUUCUACGCGAGUUUUAUGAUUUACGUCUACGUAUGUACGUGAAGCGCAAGAUACACAUGGAGAGGUUGCUUGAAGCGGAGAGCAACAAGCUGAACAACCAAGCUAGGUUUAUCUUGGAGAAAAUCGAAGGAAAACUUGUAAUUGAAAACAAGACAAAACGAGAUAUGAUCAGCUUAUUAUUGCGCAAUGGGUACGAGAGUGACCCUGUGAAGGCUCUCAAGGAGACAAUGGAAAAUGCUGCUGAUACCGAUGAGGAUGACAUGGGGGAAGAUACUGAGAGCACGGUGUCUGCUGCUAGCUCUGGUUCUGGUCCUGAUUAUAACUAUUUGCUUGGCAUGGCGAUGUGGAACUUGACCAAGGAGAAGAAAGAUGAUUUGCUGAAGAACCGUGACACAAAAGCAAAGGAACUUGGGGACCUUCGGAGGAAAACUCCAAAAUCACUGUGGAGAGACGACCUCAAGGCUUUCAUGGAAGAGUUGGAAACUGUUGAAAAAAAGGAAAAAGAUGAUAUGGUUGAGGGAGACAAAAUUGCAAGUAAGGCUGCAGCGAAAGCAAACAAGCGUGGACAAGCCAAGCUUAAGACGAAAAUAACACUUGCUGAAACCAAACCAUCACCUAUGGGACGACGUGUUGUACCAAGAAUUGAUGACGCUAUGAAGAACAAGGCUCCAUCCAGGAAAAGGAAACCAAAAGAUGAAAAUGUCCAGAAGAAACUAUUUGUGAAGGAAGAGGUGAAUGAUGAAGUGACGGAAGAAGGGGAGGUGCUGUCACUUGCCGACCGCCUGGCUGCCAAAGACAAGUCUUCUGCCGCAGGGGCCAACAAAAUGAAACAAAGCAAGUUGAGCUUUCAACCAGCAAAAGCCAAAAAGCCGAAAAUGGAUUCUUGGUUGGAUGAUUCGGACGAUGAGAAGAAGUCGGACAAUAGUUCAUCUGAUAAACUGGAUGCAUUUGAUCUAAUGAAAGCAGCGAGUCAAAAGGAAGCAGGAACGAAGAAAAAGCCUGCUGCUACUAAGAAGACAACUACAAAGAAGACAACUAAGAAAGAAUCUAGUGCUUCAGAUGAGGGCAAACCAGCCAAGAAACCAGUCAAACAGAAGAAGGCGUUGACUAUUGAUUCAGACUCAGACAUUUCACCAGUAAAGAAACCAGUUAAAAAACCAGCUGCAAAGAAAGCCACAAAGCCCAAGAAAAAGAAGAUGGCAUGGUCAUCUGAUGAUGACGAUAACAGCGACUUGUCAUUUGAUGCUGGUAAUAACGACACCGAUAGCCCAGUUGUGCAAUCCCGUGUCGGUGGCAGAGCACGUGCCGCUGUCAAAUACACAUAUGAUGAUGACUCAGAUCCAGACAGUGAUUUUUAAAGACAUAUAUGUCGAAAUAGUCGAUGUAUAGUCCAGUAACUAAGUCAUUUGAUUUUGUUACCCAUCUUGCUUCAAGUCUUUUGUACCCCUAUUGAUGUAUUGUGCUUUUUUUGCUCUAUUUUUUUUUUUUUUUUUUUUGUACCUUGCAAUCCUUUAGAAAAAACUAAGAUAUAGGGAUUUCCCUGGGAAGUUGCCAAAUUUAGAUAAUUUCGACUCAAGUGGAAUUCAGCAAUGCAACAUAAAUAUUAAAAUUUUACAUGGUAAUUCAUGUUAAAAAUUAAAAUGAUCUUUUUCACGGCCUAUAGGUGAUGAUAUUUUGUUGUACAACUGUUGGAAUUCAACUGUUUGCACUUGGUUUAACCAUGGAGGUAUUAUUGAGAAGGAGAUCACUCGGUAACAGAUCCAUUUGACG